GAAGAAGACGGAACCUAUACUGACGAAGAUACUUUGAAGCUGAUGGAGUAUACCAGCAACUGUUUGAAAAAUGAAAUGAGUCAAUACCCAUACGCAUCUUGGACGACAUUCAGACGACGACGUAUAUUUGCCGUACAAAGUAUUGGGAAUAAAUUGACCUUGCUAUCAACCAGUCGUAUGGAAGUCGGAAAAUGGUGCUUUGUGGAGAUACGGUCUGCAAUUGUACCAAGGGACUGGGAAGACCGAUUAUACUUGAAUCAUUUGAUGGAAUUAUUGAUGAAGCUGAAGGUAAGAUUACAAUCAAGUUAUAAGUUAACAAUGCUUUUAAUACAACAAGAAUCAGGAGUGUCUCCUGUUGAUGCCGAGGACACCAUCAAAGCGGUCAAUCGAUCCGGUCAAGCGAUUAAGGAAUUGUACUAG